AUGAACGAUAUCACUCAUCCCGUUGAAGCUAUUGAAGCAUCCCGUGACCUUAAAAAGGACUCACCAGAGGUCACCCCCUCAGACAGCAAUUUUGAACAAAAUUACCCCAAAGGCAAUGAUCUGCAAAGUGUUAUUCAAUCUAUUCGUGAUGUUGUUUCCUGUUGCGCCUGUUACACAUCCGACUCCUGUAUGAAAGAGUGCGCAAAUGGCCAUCUUAUUUGCUUCAAUUGCUUCCUAAAUAUUAGACAAGAAGAUCGACCUCAGUGCCCCACCUGUCGAGCAGCCUUAUUCCCUGAGACUAAACGAGCCCUCACGGCUCAAAAGGUUCUCUCUGAACUACCUGACACCUGCAUUGAUUGCAAUCAAAUUAUGCUUAAUAAGGAGCUUAUUGGGCAUCGAUUGAACACAUGCACAAAGCGUAGAUUAUCCUGUGGAUUAUCCCCACUUGGAUGUGAUUGGUGUGGCCCAGCAGAGGCCUACUCCGAGCACUACGAAGCGUGUGAAAUUCGAAAGCAUUUUGCGGAGAAGUCUGUGGAGAUGACUUUAAAUAGUGUUCUCUCCCGAAUACACCUUCGAGAUCAAAUGUUAAGGGAGAUAUUCACUAGCUUUACAUCACUAUUUCGACAUCUUGAAGGUUAUGAAUUAGACACCAAGUCCAUUCUUCUCACUGUUUAUAAAACUGGAAAAAACUCUGUCAUAUUUAAGAGUGAUCAAUUCUACGCAGGGCAAUCUCGUUGGGUCAUCAACUUAACGGUAACAUUUUUAAACGAAAAUGGAGAGAACGAUAGUUCUGAUGUAAAUGUCCAUAAUUCAGAAUCUGAAAUACAAAAUUUAGAUGAAAAUUUGAGUGAAGAUAUAAUUCAGAACACGACAACUCAUAAUUCCAUUGAAGACGCUGCCAUUAUUUCUCCAAUUCGUAGAAGUUUUUCAUUUCGCCAGAGAAGAUCAGUCAGAUUUCAAGGAAAUUAUAGGGCAAGACCAUAUCCAGAUAUCAGGCGUGAAAGAACCGAUUCCAAUAAUAGCAAUAGUUCAAAUAGUGACCUGACUGAUGAAAGCCAAUUGCAGGGAAAUAUGAGCCAUUUUGGCGAGCUUAGUUAUACUAUUGUAAAAGAAAAUAGCCCUGGGGCAGGUAGAAAGAGUUAUGCUUUUGCACCCUUACAAGUUGAAUCUUCGGACACAGGUGCUCAGAUCAACUUUCGUCCACUCGUUUCAACGCAUCGUUUCUUGACGCGAGGUGAGAAAUCGUCCGCUUUCCCAAUACUGCCAAUGAGGUGGCGAUAUUUAUCGAAUCUUCGAGAACUUCUGAAUAGUAGAUUACUAAACUUGGAUUUAGUAAUUGGUCGAAGGUUAGUAGAGGAACAAUUGGAGUAA